GUACUCUUUCCCGAGGAAGAAAAUCUGGAAGCAUCCACAUGCUCGAUAGCUCGCUCAGCCUUUUCCCCAAUUUUCUUGGCGAUGGCGGCAGCUACCCUCCUUCUCGAUCGGACUUCAAAAUCUUUGGACCCAUUCUCGGAUCAACCAAAACCGUCCGUUCCAGCUUCACGGCUAAGCUCUCAAUCACAUCACAACCAGCGGCCACCACCUCCGCCCCCUCCUCCACCGCAACCGUCACCGUCAUUAUCAACUUUUUGCCUAUUUUCCAAGUCUCCGUAGCAUACUCCUUUCUCUCGCUCCGGCCAAUCCUAGUCUGUUCGAAAUCCCCCGAUUCUCUCCUCUGCUUCAGAUGAAGUCCGCCAUUCAACUCGAGCCGCCGCCUCACGCCAACCUCCUCCACUUCCACCACCACAAAUUCCCCGCCAGAACCCGCCAGCUCCAUCUCUACCGCCGCCGCCGUCACAAAUCGGCGGCCAGAACGCUCGUGCUCUGCGCCGGCUUGCUGGACCCCUUCCAGAGCUUCCUCACUCAGUUCCCUUCCUCGAAUUCCCUCGACCUUCUCGCUCCCGCCAUCGGCCUCGCCUCCGGUUUGACGCUCUACCUCGCUGGACGGAAGUCCAGGGACAAGUCUCCUGAAGUCGGCGAGUGGAUUCUGUUCACCAGCCCGACGCCGUUUAACAGGUUUGUGAUUCUGCGGUGCCCUUCCGUAUCGUUUGAAGGGAGCGAGUUGCUGGAGGGGGUGAAUGAGAAAUUGGUGGAGCAGGACAGGCAUUUUGUGCGCCUGAACAGCGGGAGAAUUCAAGGGACUUUCGGCGAGGAGGAUGCUGGCAGUGGUGGCUCUCUGGUGGAUAAACUGGAGUACCAGAGAGUUUGUGUGAGUGCGGAGGACGGCGGCGUUGUGUCGAUCGAUUGGCCGUCGAAUUUGGACCUGGAGGAGGAGCGUGGACUGGAUACGACUUUCUUGCUGGUGCCGGGGACACCGGACGGGAGCAUGGAUCCUAGCGUUAGGUCAUUCGUCUGUGAAUCCCUGGGCCGCGGAUUCUUUCCCAUUGUUAUGAAUCCUAGAGGCUGCGCUGGUUCUCCGCUCACCACUGCCAGGUUGUUUUCAGCUGCUGACAGCGAUGAUAUAUCCACAGUUGUACAUUUCAUCACCAAGGCAAGACCAUGGACUACAAUCAUGGCUGUUGGCUGGGGUUAUGGUGCAAGCAUGUUGACAAAAUAUCUGGGAGAAGUCGGGGAUAGAACUCCAAUUACAGCUGCCACUUGUAUUAAUAACCCUUUUGACUUGGAUGAGGCCACAAGGUGCUCUCCUUAUCAUGUCGCUUUGGAUGAGAAGCUCACUGGUGGGCUGGUUGAUAUACUACGGGCUAACAAGGGACUGUUUCAAGGUAAAGCAAAAGGGUUUAAUGUGGAGAAAGCCUUAUUGGCAAAAUCCGUUCGUGAUUUUGAGAAAGCAAUAUCUAUGGUGUCUUAUGGUUUCAAAGAAAUAGAAGAAUUUUAUUCUAAAUCAAGCACUUCAGGUUUGGUCAAGCAUGUGAAGAUUCCUGUGCUCUUUAUCCAGAAUGAUGAUGGUGCUGUCCCGCUCUUCUCCAUUCCACGCAGUUCAAUCGCAGAAAAUCCUUGUACAAACCUUCUUCUAUGCUCAUGCUCACCGCAUGUGACCAAAGUAAACAACAGAGCAGCUCAGUUAUGGUGCCAAAACCUUACAUUAGAGUGGCUCACAGCCGUGGAGCUCGGACUCUUGAAGGGGCGUCAUCCACUUCUUGAUGAUUUAGAUGUUACCGUCAACCUAUCAACAGGUUUAAGUCGUAGAGAAAGGGCAAUUGUUGACAUUCAUGGAGAGAAUAAAGAACUCUUGGAUCUUACUGUAACUGAUACCAAUGGGUAUGCUGUGAGUCUAUCCAAUCAGCUGCCUGACGGUAGCUCUACCAGUGAUGGGCUUAAUUCAGGAUCAAUACUUCAUUAUGACAAAGAUAUGGAAAUCGAAGAUGGAUUACAGGGAGAAGAAGGCCAGGUUAGACAGAGAACUACUGUAGAAACAGACCUGAUGGAAGAUGAGUCAGCUAUACCUGUGGAUGCUGAAAGAGGCGAAGUGUUACAGACAGCACAGGUAGUAAUGAAAAUGCUGGACACUGCAAUGCCCGGUGCUCUUGCGCAGGAUGAAAGAAAGAAGGUCUUGUCUGCUGUAGGUCGAGGAGAGACACUUUUGAAAGCCUUGGAAGGUGCUGUACCAGAAGAAGUUCGCGGAAAGCUUACUGCAGCUGCAUCAGGAAUUCUGCAAGCUAAUCGUAUGAAGUUAAAGCUUGAUGGGCUGAUGGGUAGUGGUGAAGGUAAGAUACCAGCUCUAUCUUCAGGGUUGAAGUCAACCACGCAAGUAGAAGCAAGUUCUGACAGCAUGUCAAAAGACAUUGCUGUAGAUGAGAUGAAUAAGACAAAUAGUGUAACAGAUGAUGUCGGUGACAAUCAAUCGGGGAUUGACCAGUCUGGUGGUGGUCUAGACCCAGAGCUUCUGUCUUCUGAUAAUUUGCAGAAAUCUGUUGACUUAGGUCAGUCUCAAAGUAUGACAAAUCAGCAUGGUGAUAUACGUGGUCCCCCUACAAUGGGAGCAAAUGAAUCUGAAAAUAAUCAUACUAGUGAUGGAGUCACUAGAGAAAAAGCUGCUUCGUUUGCCGAGAGUAAGGAUAAGGGAUUGGAAGCUAGUCUGGAGUCUGUUCCUGAAAAGGCUGGUAGUGUCAAGGAUGCCACUUCCAAUGAUACCAAAUUGCUCCAUGAUGAUGAAUCAUCACCUGAGCCAGUCACUAGAGAAAAAGCUGCUUCGUUUGCCGAGAGUAAGGAUAAGGGAUUGGAAGCUAGUCUGGAGUCUGUUCCUGAAAAGGCUGGUAGUGUCAAGGAUGCCACUUCCAAUGAUACCAAAUUGCUCCAUGAUGAUGAAUCAUCACCUGAGCCAGAAACGAGAAAGGAUAAUAAUUCUCAUGAAAAGACGACCAUGGAGUCUUCUAGUGAGCAGAGUGAGGUGACACCUUCCAAUAUUAGUGACGGCGGCAGUCCGUCUGCAGGAGUUCCUGAGCCUCAACAGUCUGGAAAGGAAGGCAUUGAUGAUCAGAAGAGAGAUAGCAUAAGCGAACAGCCUGUACCGAUUCAAAACAAGUCUGCCCUUCCCGAUUCCAAUACCCCCACCUUCAAUGUCGUUCAAGCCCUGGAUGCCUUUGCAGGAAUUGAUGAUUCCACUCAAGUAGCAGUUAACAGUGUCUUUGGUGUGAUUGAAAAUAUGAUUGACCAAUUUCAAGAGGAUCAGGAUAACAAAGAUCAUGCCAAUGAUGGAAAUGAUACUGAAGAUGAAUUUGAUGAUUCUGGUUCUAGUGAACCGCUGAAUGUUGAUCGGCCAUCAGCACAGGCUGGAGCAGGUUACGAUGGUUCAAAGGCGAGACCUAAAAUGGAUACAUUAAUUUCGAGUGGCAACAUUUCUAGUAACUCUGGGAGGGUUGUUAAUAACUACAGAAGCGAGAUUGAAAAGGAACAGUUAUUUGGUAUUAGAAGUACAACUGACUUGGACGAUAGCAAUGUGAGAGAUAUUCCUUUGCGUGUGAACAAACACCUAUAUGAGGACUACCUGCAGAAUGCUCACCUCAACAAAUAUCUUCUAGCUAAGAUGCCAAAAACCAAACCACUGGAUGUUGACCCAACUGCUGCUUUAUUACUUGACUAUUUUCCAGAAGAUGGCCAAUGGAAGCUUUUGGAACAACAUGUGAAUGUUGGACAGUUGAGGAAAACUGCUUCAACUAGUAAUGUUGUUCAACGAAAGGUUAAGGUCCAAUUGAAUGCGGAGGUGAAAAAAGGAGAUGAUUUUAUUGAACCUUCCUAUGUUGUGUUAGAUACUGAGACACGUCAGCAGCCUGUUGGAGAAUAUAAGGUUUUGGACAACCUAAAAAGGAAGGCAGGAGAUGUUAGCGUCAAGACAGAAGAGCUUAUACAUUCUGUGAAGCACAUUAUCCUGGAUGCACUAAAGGUUGAGGUUGGCCGCAAGCUGAGUGUGGCUGACGUGAGAAAAAUGAAGCCUGAUCUUGGAAGUGAUAUUGAACUAGUGGCUGAUGCUGUAUCUUUGUCCGUUGGGCAUGGCAAGGAUCAUAUCUGGAACGUCCAUGAUGAAAACAAUAAGGUCGAUUAUAAUUCAGAAAGGCACGGUGUCCUUCAUGCAGAAAGCAUUGUGAGUGCCAUAUCAUCUUCUGUCUCAGGAACAACCUAUUUAAGAAGACUCUUACCGGUGGGGGUCAUAGUAGGUUGUUGCUUAGCUGCAUUGAAAAAACAUUUUGACGUAGCUACAGGACCUAAUAAUGAUCUGGAACCAUAUGAUCAAAAUGAAAGUUCUCUGGAAAACUGCCAAGAUGAAAUGAAUACUAGUAAGAAGGAUCUAAAGCUUGCAGAUGAUCUUGGAGUUUCUAGUUUGAACCAUACAAGAAAUAGAAAGGGUGAAGAAGCUGUAUUGAAGAACAUAGACAAUGACAGCAUUAUGGUGGGUGCUGUUACCGCUGCCCUUGGAGCUUCAGCUUUUCUAGGACAACAGGAUGACAAUGAAAUAGAGGAAACAUCGGCCAAGUACUUGAAGGAGAGAGUAAGUCCCCAAAUAGCAUCAGAAAAGCUUGAUGGUGAAUUGUCUGAAAAGGAUCAAAACAACAUUGUUGCAAGCUUUGCUGAGAAAGCGAUGUCAGUUGCUGGUCCAGUAGUUCCUACGAAGGAAGAUGGUGGAGUGGAUCAAGAAAGGUUGGUUGCUAUGUUAGCUGAUUUGGGUCAAAAGGGUGGCAUUUUGAGUUUGGUUGGGAAGCUUGCUCUGCUGUGGGGUGGUCUACGUGGAGCUAUGAGCCUGACUGAGAGGCUUAUCUCUUUCUUGCACUUAGCUGACCGGCCCUUACACCAAAGGAUUCUGGGAUUUGUGGGCAUGGCUCUUGUUUUAUGGUCGCCAGUUGUUAUUCCAUUGCUUCCAACACUGGUGCAGAGCUGGACAUCUGGCACUCCAUCCAGAUUUGCGGAGCUUGUUUCAAUUCUUGGCCUCUAUGCUGCUAUUUUGAUGCUUGUUAUCAUUUGGGGCAGAAAGCUACGUGGGCAUGAAUUUCCACUGAAACAAUAUGGGCUGGAUUUGACGACAUUGUCCAAGAUCCAAAGCUUUUUCAAGGCCUUAGCUGGAGGGAUGGCACUUGUUUUACUGAUACAAUCUGUAAAUGUAUAUCUGGGCUGUGUGAGUUUUUCUUGGCCUGCAAGGCACCCAUCUUCUACGAAUCUUGUCGUAGCAUAUCUGAAACUGUACGGCCAAAUGGUUUUGCUUGCCCUACAAGGCAUCCUAUCAGCAGCUGGCGUUGUGCUCGUUGAAGAAUUGUUUUUCAGAUCGUGGCUGCCCGGAGAAAUUGCUUUGGAUCUUGGGUUUCAUCAAGGAAUUGUCAUUUCGGGACUUUUAUAUGCUCUUUCCCAGAGGUCUCCAUUGGCAGUGCCAGCACUGUGGCUUCUAUCUAUGGCCCUGUCAGGGUUACGACAAAGAAGCCAAGGCAGCCUUUCUGUGGUGAUUGGGGUACGUGCUGGGAUAAUGGCUUCAAGCUAUGUUCUUCAGAGAGGUGGAUUCUUGACGUACAAGUACACGUUGCCUUUAUGGGUAGCAGGGACUCAUCCAUUCCAACCUUUUAGCGGGGUGGUCGGUCUUGCAGUCUCUUUGUUAAUGGCAGUGGUUCUAUACCCAAGGCGACAACUGCAUGAGGAAUUAGAGGGGAACUCUUAGACGAAGAAUCAUGUUAUGCUCAUCAAGAAUCCACAGGCCAGUGAUAAGCGCGCAGCGAGAAGGCCAGCAAAAGCUCUGUUUGCAAUGGCAGCUUGCAUUGGAUAUCUCUUGCGCCGCCAUUUUACGUAUUCCACGGUGAAAUCGAAACUGAGGGAUUAUUUACGUUUGCAGCAAAGAACAUGAAGAUGAGGACGGCUGCAAGUAAACGCAAGUCGGCCAAUUUUGCGACGAAACAACUGUAUUUGUAUACUUGUACAGAUGUCUAUAAUGAAUAUGGUACGUAUAUACUUCACGUCCCUGAUCCUACACUGAUUGGGACGCGCAGAAGAAGAAGAAUUGAGACGACGUUGUUGGCCAUUAAUGAAGACCAUUAUUAAUAAAUGGAGAACAGUCUGCAAUGAACUUCGAGAAAGUGUCUCCUCAAGUUGUAGAUACCAGAGUUUCGCACUCAAAUCUCGUUAAAUCUCGUUAGAAUGCUAGACCAGCCCUUGCUGUUCCGCCUCUCAGGCUUCCUCCGCGACUGAAAGGACCAGGGCUGAAAUGUUCAGUCCAAUUGGCCAAGUUUGGCCUACCCCGAGCAAAUCAGACCGGAUCAAAGAAGAAACAUGGACAGGAUGGAUCAGUUUUAUAAAUUGAUCCUACAAGAACUGGUCAUACAAGGUUAUAACCAGACUACAGAGCAACCCCCUGGGUUUCGGAUACCAUUGGUACAAACGACCAAGUUCUUGAACUUAAAUAUCUACAACAUAGCCACAGGUCGGGCCUCUUGGCUCAUCAAGUAACCAUCAACCACCUUCUCACCGGUUUCUCGCGCAGACUUAUGCAACAAUCGGAUAUGAAGCGCAAGUGGCAACACCUGCAGUCAAGAAGACAAUGCCAAACCCAAAAUGAGUCCAUUGGAAGAAGCACCGCAUUGAAUGGAAUAACAGUGCAGUCGUCGUAGUAGGUACAGUAGGGAAGUUAACUUACCACACAUGUUCUUCCCCAUUUCCAUCUUGAAGUAAUUAACCACUCUCCCCCCAAUCUCCUCCCUAGGAGUUCUUGAUGAGCCAGUAUGGUACGCCGUCUUCAACUCCAUACCCGACGGCCAUAACCGCAUGGUUCACAUCCUGAAUGUUAGAGUGUGAUAUAUGAUCCAGCAUAAACUUCUCCCAACAACUUGAGUUAUUGGGAACAACUGGUUUAUGACAUGGUAUCAGAGUUAGCUUGGCCAAGUGGUUGUGUGUUCGAAUCUCCACGACCCCCAAUAUUAACAGUUGAUUAAAAAGCACAAUGUAUGGUGGGCCUGUGCAAACUUAAGCACAUAGAUUGGCUUUUGUUUGAGGCGGUGUGUUAGAGUGUGG